AUGGGAGUCGUUUGGAUAAUUCUACUUAGGCCUGACACAGUAAACUUCGACUAUGUAAAACAUAAGACAUCAGAUACAAUCAGGCAGAACCCAUACUUUUAUAACGCUAUUCAUACCAACAAUAACAAUGAAAGGGAUUAUGCUUUUCAUGUUAGAGAAGAUCUUGAAGUAACAGCGAAGAUAAAGAAAAUAGAAACAGAUGGAGUGUUACUAGAACUACAUGCAACCUUCCAGUCGGGAAUCACUACAAUAAUAGUAACUAUUGUUUUUUUUCUAUUGACUUUAUCUUAUUUUACACCAUCAACACCUUUUGCUCAAGAAACUGCCAGUAAACAACAUUAUUCUGUCAUCACCAGAACAACUGAAUUUGUUAUUGAAAAGACUCAACAAGACGAAGAAAAUGAUUAUCCAACGAUCACUGUUUCUGCAGCAGAUACAGCUACUACCACAGAACUGAUGCCACCACCAUCACCAUCAGUAGCAGCAAGAUUGAAGACUUUAAUCAGAGAAAAUUAUUGA